AUGUUAAAUAUUUUGAAAAAAACAUAAUAAAUAUGUUAAAAUAGGAUUUUACAGAAAUUCUGAAUAAAGCUCUAGGGACUACAUGAUUUCUUAAAACAAUCAAUAUAAUUAUCUAGGUUUGAUUUGAGCGAAGUGUUUUACAAUUUACAACAUGUACCGUAACUUAUUUAAAAUUUUGAAACCCAUCAGAAAUGAGUUGUCGAGGAAGGCACGUCUGGGGAGUGUGACUGAUGGAGGCAAUGCAUUCGAACGGAACAGCAUUUCCAAGGAGCAACAGCUUUCUGAAAUUCUAAAGCGCUCACUGCCUGGCAUUACUUAUGUCAGUGUACAAGACAUAUCCGGAGGGUGCGGUGCAAUGUUUGAGAUCAAUGUGGAAGCCAAAGAGUUCACUGGGUUAUCCCGGGUCAAACAACACCGAUUAGUUACUGAAUCAUUGAAGAGUGAAAUAGCAGAAAUGCAUGGCAUACGUAUACACACAACUGUACCAGCAGUUGGUGACAAAUGACAGCAUUUGUAAUGUUACCUGUGAUAUCUAUGUUCCAUCAAAGCAAGUGAAGCAUAAUCCUCAUGUUGUGCCCAUUGGUAGGUUUAGACUAGGAAGC